AGCACCGGUGACGGGUCGGCGGAGACAGAAAAGCGCCGGACGCCCGGCCGAUCAUGGAAGCUUGACAACCUGCAAGCAGGCUCUGGGAGGCCGAGACAUCGGCGAAGAGGACAGAGAGUCGGAGCGGACAGAUCUCAAGACCAGAGAAUGGCAGGUGAACAGAAGCCCUCAAGCAACCUCCUGGAGCAGUUUAUUUUAUUAGCCAAGGGUACCAGUGGCUCAGCUCUUACCACUCUCAUCAGCCAGGUGCUGGAGGCUCCUGGAGUCUAUGUGUUUGGAGAACUGCUGGAGUUGGCCAAUGUUCAGGAGCUUGCAGAAGGAGCUAAUGCUGCGUACUUGCAGUUGCUGAACCUGUUUGCCUACGGAACGUACCCAGAUUAUAUAGCUAACAAGGAGAGCCUGCCAGAACUGAGCGCAGCUCAGCAGAACAAGCUGAAACAUCUUACCAUCGUGAGUUUGGCAUCAAGAAUGAAGUGUAUCCCCUACUCUGUGCUGCUGAAGGACCUGGAGAUGAGGAAUCUCCGGGAACUAGAAGACCUUAUUAUUGAGGCAGUCUACACGGACAUCAUCCAGGGCAAGCUGGACCAGCGAAACCAGCUGCUAGAAGUGGAUUUCUGCAUUGGCCGUGACAUCCGAAAGAAAGAUAUCAACAAUAUUGUCAAGACCUUGCACGAGUGGUGUGACGGCUGUGAGGCAGUUCUGUUGGGCAUCGAACAGCAAGUUCUGAGAGCCAACCAGUACAAAGAGAACCACCACCGGACUCAGCAGCAGGUGGAGGCAGAGGUUAGCAACAUCAAGAAGACACUCAAAGCAACAGCAUCCUCCUCAGCUCAGGAAAUGGAACAGCAGCUGGCUGAACGGGAGUGUCCCCCUCAUACUGAGCAGAGGCAGCCAACUAAGAAGAUGUCCAAAGUGAAAGGUCUGGUCUCCAGCCGCCACUAGGGCCGGCUGGGGCAGCUGGCACUCACCAGGCCUGGGUCAGGUGGGGAGGGGACACCCAGGCCCUAUUCCUCCCCUCUCUAGCUGCAGUGAGUUCCAGACCUGCCCACCCCUCACCAGUACCUCCCCAUCCAUUGGUACCAUUGCGGAAAACGAUUGCUCCUCCUUCGCCUCCCUUCCUAGUUGUUCCCUUCAGACUCAGGGGCUCAGCGGAUGCCAUCCCAACAGGGUCCGACACUGCCCAGCUUCCCUCCAGGGGUUCCUUGUCUCUGUGUAUGGGCUCCCCCCCCCCCCCCCCCCCCCCGUUGUUCUCUUGCUCCAUGUCAUUUUGUCAGGCUGGUCCUAAGCUGGAGGCAGUUUACCCAGUCCCGAGGGAUGACUGUGGAGGAGGCUCCUCUCUGAGUGAAGAGGGGGCCGUGCUUCUCUAGCCCCACGUACCACAGUACCCACAAUGGUGCAAGUGUCUCUAGUCAGGUAGCCACGGUCCCCCCUCCUGCCUUACCCCUGUUGGCAGUGCCAGUUCAGGCCAUGGAGGGAUGUGGUGCUGGGCUCUGUUUACUAACCCUUUGGGUUUUCAACCUCUUCAGCCCAGCCAGGAUCUCUCCUCAAGUUGGGAGCUCUGGGCUGACUAACCUCUGGUAUCUGAGUAUGAGUGGAGGGUGGCAGAGAUGUUUCUCCUGCUUGGUGUCCUCUGCUGGCCACUCCUCCUGCUGUCCCUGACUGCUCAGCCUUGAUUUGGCACCUAGGCCCAGCUGCCCACUGGGAUUGUCUGCCAAUAUUUGUUCUCCCGAGAUCUUUCAUGCCUCCUGGCCAUCCCUGGGGUAGGAAUGGUGGUGCCGAAGCUCCUCAGAUUGGUGAAGGACCAUUGCUGCUUCUUUCUUCUUCCUUCCUGCCCCUCCUUGGCUGGCAAUCCAGAGCCCUCUGAUGACAUACUCCUGACCAGAGAAAAGGACUUGACUAGACUUUCUGAACUUGAACAGUUUCAGGUUAUAUUUUAAUUUUUUUUUGUACAGGUUGAUUCUAAUACAUUUCAACAUGCCUUUUUC